UGUGUUUUAAAGACGACAAACUAAAUUUUUCACUAAGCCCAUAGUUUGAGCAGAGCAGUAUUAAGACUGACAUCCGCCGCUCGGCCUCUUUUUCAUGGGUAAUGUAGUUCUUUGCAGUUAUUGGUCCAAACGUGACGCGCGGAACUCGGCUGAGAGCUUCCUAUCCCGUGUCAGCAACCGGUUAUGGUUUACCUCGUCCAGCCUCACCAUUAACUUUCAAAUUUAUUAUCCCUCACUCCGGUAAAGUUAACGGCGUGCCUGCCUAACGCUACAUAUGCAGAUACGUCGGCUUCCUCUUCUUUGGUGUUGUGGUUAUGGAAGGACGGUGCGCUGUUGAGACUUGGACAGAGUUCGGCUUUUCAGGCACACCAUACACACCGAAAAUCAAGUUUGGUUUGGGGACAAAUGUUUUUCUCUGCACUGGCAGCGACGAAGUUUUUGUCUUCAGUACUCAAGAAAGAAAACUCCGGGCUGUCCUCCAGUUUCCUGGUCCUGUGAGUGACUUGGUUGAGUGUCAUGACAAACAGCUGCUCUAUGUGUCCUGUAGGAGCGGAGUUUACUGUAUCAGCUUCCCAUUUCUGCUGUCCAGGGUUCAAAGCUCCCCAGCUGAUGCAUCCUCCAGUCCGGCUGAGCUGAAAAUCUCCUCCGACUUCCUUGUUGUUGGAGAAGAAGGCGCGUUAUCGCUGCUCCUCGUCAGCUCAGUGCUCCUGAUCCUUUCCCAGAGAGACACGUCCUGGCUAUUGAGUCUGUACAAAACACCAGAACAAACACAGUCCAGUAGCUAUGAGAUGCUCGGUUCAUUCAGACUACCACAGGUCUUAGCUGAUUUAAACAGUGACACUGAGGGACAGACAGGAACGAGAAGGAGGCCUGUGUUGGUUUGUGUCCAUCCUGGUCAUCCCAAAUCACCAUCCUCCUCCUCCACAUCUUCAUCAGAGAUGACUAUAACAGACAGUCAUUUCUGCCUUGAGCCUGUCCUCUUCAAACUUCUGUUUGGGAUCGACGCUGCCCUUGCCAGAUCCCCGGUUAUCCUCUGUGGCCUGCCAGAUGGACGCCUGUGUUUCCUCCCUCUGCGUCUCCCAGGAUCACAGCUCCGAGUCCUGCGCAGCCUCGAGCAGCCGGUCGUAUUUGUCGGAGCAUCUGUUGUCAUGGAAACAGGUCCAGGGCUUGCACGGUGUUUGGUUGCAGUGGGCGAACAGGGGAGAGUGGUGCUGAUGAAGACCGACAAGGGAGAGCCAGAGGGAGGGGGCGACAUGGCUGGUUUUAUUGAGGGGUGCGUGCCGGGUCCCGUGGUGUGCAGCUUUGUGGACGAACACCAUCUUUACUACAGCACUGGUUCAGACCUGUUGGUGCUGGAUCUAUCAGAGGGAUCAUCAUGGAGAGAAGGCAAGGAAAGGGAUGGGGAAACAUCCAGAAAGACUGCUGCUGCCUUCCAGAGCCCCACCAGUUUAAAUGUGUGUAGAGUUAUCGCCUUGGCUGCACCUGCACUCAACACUACAGGAGAUGUUCAGCUGCUGGGGCUGACGAUUAGAGGGCAGCUACAGAGGAUUAUUCUACCUGCAGGGAGAGAGGACGCAGGCUCGUCCAAUCUGCCUUCCACACAGGUGGGCCGCAGCGUCAGGGAUCUCCUCUCUGCUAUUGGGGAUGUUUGUGAAAGAGCAUCAGUGCUAAAAACUGCCAUCAAAUCCAAAAACCAGAUUCUGAGGCACCUGAAUCAUGUGCUCAACAUCAGCUUCCUGCUGUUAGCCAAUAAAAACAGUGAAGAGCAUCUUCCCAUGCAGGAGAAGCAAAUCAGAUGUUAUGCUGAGACUAGAUGGAGCAGAUUGCUCCAAAAAGACUCCCUGAACUUGACAUGUGUCCUGGAUAACUCAAGCCCUUAUGUGUUGGAACAAGGCUGGACGCUGAGCAUCACUGUGUUUCCUCUUUCCUACUCAUCCAGCGCAGAAGGGGAAAGCUCCUCCACAAAUUUUUCAUUCCCAUUCCAUAAUCUCAAUCCGGGGGAAACAUUAGAAGUAUCGCUGCCCCUAUCAGCUGCAGGCGACACAUCCUUUCCUAUGAGAGUAAGCUGUUCACUCAUCUUCUCACUCUCAAGCCUCCUAGGAGAGGAGGAGACGGCACACCUUCCCUCCUUGCAGAGCAGCUGUAUCAGUUUACCCCUGAACACACUGACAGUAGAUUGGUUGCACACCCUGCAGGUGAACAGUCCCACAAUGCAUCCCAUCAGCAGAAAUGCCACAUCUCAGUCCAGCAACAUCACAACAGAUACCGUCCAGGCGUUUUUAAACUCUCACCGGAGCAGGUGUGCGGGACGAGGGGAGGGAGGAGGAGAAGGUGCUUCAAAGGCUGAGCGAGAGCAGUGUUCAGCGAGUGUGCGGGUGUCAUCAGAGUUACUCAGGGAUACACUUGUGUUGAAAAGCUCAGAUUUGGACCCUCGGGGGCCAAAGUCGACUCCUCAAAACCUCUGCUCUUCUCUGCUGGACUGGUUGUUGUAUGAAAGUCCUGAGGGAGUGAAGAUGGGACACCAAGGAGACAGAUUUGUCCUGAGCAGCUCAGUUGUUCAUGCUCGAGGUCCAACUGGAGACACCGUCAAACUGACUGCAAAAGAGGUUAAUGUAGGAGAAGAGUCCCUGAGAGCAAUAGAGGUCCAGAUAGAGAGCUCAUCUAUAGCAGCAGUGUGUGGACUGCACCAUGCUGUGCUGCGCCGGAUACAGACUCUGCUGCAGAUUGCUCCUGAGAGGGCUGCUUCCACAAUGAGGGUUCAGAGUUUAGGUUUAAGACAGGCACUGCAGCGGGCCUGAGGUGAGACCGUCAUAAACUAAAUUUUGCUCAUUAGGGCCUUCAACUAACAGUUAUUCUCAUUAUAUAAGACUACAGAGAUACACCCAGCUUUUUUAUUAUUGUCUUCAGGUCUAAUACAUCUGUGGCGGUGUUAUCUCUUCUUAAACUUUCUUUUUUUUCCCCCCUCCCCCUCUCAUGUCAGCGCCUGUUACAGCAGAUCCAGCAAAGUCGAAUCUCAGGGUCUUUUGGCGUGGGCGCGUCCACGGGGCAGAUGACGCGAUCUCUUCUCAGUGUUUACCGAGAACUCAGAGAAAAUCCUCUACUUAUAAUUUAAUACUGAACCCACACUGCUGCCCUCAACCUUGUCCGGUGUUCUGUCUUUGCAGCUGAUUGAGAAAUAGUGUCCAUAAUAAUUGCCACUGUAAAUACACCUUUCUUGUCACUGUAAAUGACUGUGACCAUUUCAUAUUUUAUCCUCAUGCUCAACUCAUCAUUUUUCAUUAUUAAUUUUUGCUCAUGUACAUGUUCUACGGCUCUAAUAAUAAUGGUUAACCACAUAAUCGUUCUUUGUUGACGUGUGCUCAAUUUCAAUUUGCAAAUCAGAUGGAGUAAAAGUACAUGCAGCUACAGUCUAAAUGGGAAAACAUAGUCGCACAGCUGAGUGAAGGACCCCACAGUUCUCUGAUGUUCAGACAUGUAGGUGACACAGGACAUGAUGAAAAAAUAAGCAAUUUGUUUGAUUAAAGCUUGUAAUUGUAGUCUAGUGCAUACAGCAAAAUAACAUAUACAAGUAAUGUUACCACAACUUAACGUUUAAGGCUUGUUGGCCUGAAAGUAACAUGUUGUCCAUUAGAUGGCAGUGUUGUGACUUUAUAGUUGUGGUGAAACUGAACUGAACAAUCAGCUGAUGAACGAGUGAACAGUGCUUUGCUGUCCCACUCAAUCUGAUUUCACCAAAUUCCCUAAUGUUCUUAAAAAAUGUUAAGAUGCUGAACUGUGGGCAGUUAAAAAUGGUGGAGGUAAGAGGGAAAAUCCCAGGAAAAACUCACAGGCCUAGUCAGAAGAUAAUCUGGUCCAUAGUUAGUCCAUAUUAUUAUGUCUUGCUCAAGGUGUCAAAGUCUAAUGAAAGAUAACAAUGCACUCUUAUUAAGCUGCUGUUUAAAGUCACAAAAGCCAAAUGCAGUGCAACUGCUGUGAUGUCUUGGGCUGGUUUGUACUCUAAAUAAAAAUUCUUGUAGAUGUUCUAAGAUGAGCUGUUGCUGAGAUUUCCACGAGAUUUCUUAUUUCUCCAAAUAAGAGUGCAGGUGUUUCUGCUGCUUGAUUACUAGUGAUCAGUGUGAGCUGUCAGUCUCAUCCAAGAUUUUACCCUAAGUGAGGCUUGAACUCGCAACCUCAGCUUCACUGGUUCAUCCAUAGCAAGUGCUGACCAGCUGCACCACGAGCCUGCUCAGGUUCUGUAUUCAAUGCUAAAGAAGUGAUGUAAUGUUACUUACUAAUUUGGCUAGUUAGUAAUUAGUGUAAGUUUAAAGAGAAUCCUGUCAUAGUUUGAAAAUGA